AAAUUGGGUUUUCACUUUUCACUCCAAGCAAAAUUUGUUGGGCCUACCAAAAUACAUUGACAUAGUAAUAUAGUAUAGGAUUCUUCUUCUUCUACUUCUGCUACUUCUGCUACAUGAAUUCUGCCGGAAGUAACGUCAUAUAAUCAUCUUUCUCCCGUUUUCCUCUCCAAUUAUUGCAGAUAACUUCCUCUUCUUCCUUCUUCUACUUUUCUGAAGAGAGUUGUUAUGGGUGUCGACUACUACAAGAUUCUUGAUGUCGAUAAAAACGCUAAAGACGAUGAUCUCAAGAAGGCGUAUCGAAAGCUUGCAAUGAAGUGGCACCCUGAUAAGAACCCUAACAACAAGAAGGACGCUGAAGCCAAAUUCAAGCAAAUCUCUGAAGCCUAUGAUAUUUUGAGUGAUCCUCAGAAGCGUGCAGUUUAUGAUCAGUAUGGUGAGGAGGGGCUGAAGGGGCAGGUACCACCACCAGGUGGUGGCAGUGACAGCAGUUCUGCGAAUUUCCAGUUCAAUCCCAGAAGUGCAGAUGAUAUAUUUUCGGAGUUCUUUGGUUUCUCCAGUUCAUUUGGUGGAAUGGGGGACAUGGGUGGUCGUGCUGGCGCAUCUAGCUUUUCCAGGGGCGGCAUGUUUGGUGAUGAUAUCUUUUCUCAGUUUAGGAGUGGAGCUGGAGAGGGCUCUGCCCAUAUGCCAAGGAAAAGUGCACCAAUAGAGAUAAUAUUGCAAUGUAGCUUGGAGGAUUUGUAUAAAGGGACAUCGAAAAAGAUGAAGAUUUCGAGGGAUGUUAUUGAUGCCAAUGGAAGGCCCACCAAAGUAGAGGAAAUCCUUACAAUUGAGAUCAAGCCAGGUUGGAAGAAAGGAACAAAAAUAACUUUUCCAGCGAAGGGAAAUGAGCAAAGAGGACAUAUCCCCGCAGACCUUGUGUUCAUCAUCGACGAGAAGCCGCAUAGUGUCUUCAAGAGGGAUGGCAAUGAUCUUGUUUUCACCCAGAAGGUAUCCCUUGUAGAAGCUCUAACAGGUUACACGGUGCAGCUGACAACCCUUGACGGCCGAAACCUUACCAUCCCCGUUAAUUCAAUCGUUAGUCCAUCUUACGAAGAAGUCGUUAAAGGAGAGGGCAUGCCAAUUCCUAAAGAACCCUCCAAGAAAGGUAACUUGCGAAUCAAGUUCAACAUCAAGUUCCCGUCCAGGCUUACAUCCGAGCAGAAAAACGGCAUUAAGCGAUUAUUGACAUCAUAUUCGUCUACAUGAGUGAGGUGGGUGGAAGCCCUUUCUUCCAAUUACCUAACAUUAUAAGAUCACAACUAUUUUCGGGUUUUUUGCUUUUUUUUUCCUUCCCAAUCCCAUUUUGAAGGGAAGCAUUGGAGCAACAGUUGAGUUGUUUCUGUGUGACAUAAAAGUUACGGGUUCAAGCCUUGGAAACAGCCACCGAUGUAAUUUUCAAAUUAGGUUGCGUACAUUACCCCCUUUGGGUGUGGCUUUUCUCCGAACUUUGCGUUAAUGCAGGAGGCUUGUACACCGAGUUUUCCAAUCCCACUUUCAAAUGAAAUUCUUGCGAUUGUGAACUGGAUUCA